CCUCUCUCCAGCACCAUGUCAGUUACACUCCACACCACCCAAGGAGACCUCAAGGUCGAGCUUUUCUGCGAAGCCGUCCCCAAAACCGCAGAAAAUUUCAUCGCUCUCUGCGCAAGUGGCGCAUACAACGACACCCCUUUCCACCGCCUAAUCCCCGGCUUCAUGAUCCAAGGCGGCGACAUCUCCCUCGGCCCCGCCGCAUCCUCCACCUCCGGCAACAAACCCGCCCUCCCCUUCGACGACAUCCCCAAAGGCGGCACCUCCAUCCACCACCCCAGCGCGCUGAACCAAGAAAUCCACCUCCCCGCCCUGCGCCACAACACGCGCGGCAUGCUCUCCAUGGCUGCGCGACCUGUGAAAGACCGCACCGCGCCCGGGUCGCAGAACGCGACCGGUACGUCGAUCAACGGGAGUCAGUUUUUUAUCACCUUUGCGGCGGCGCCGCAUUUGGAUGGGGCGAGUACGGUUUUCGGGAAGGUGUUGAAUUUGGAGGCGCAGGAUGAGGGCGGGGAUGUGCUUGGGAGGUUGGAGAAGGCGAAUGUUAAGGUUGAUAAGAAGGGACGGGUUGUGCAGCCGAAGGAGGGGGAGGAGUUUGAGCCGUUGCGGAUCAAGAGUGUGACGAUUCAUGCGAAUCCGUUUGCGAGGUGAGGGGGGGAUUGUUGUUGGGUUGACUGGCUGUUUUGGCUAGUGUGCAUUUGAUUGCCCUCUGGGGAGGGUCCUGAACGGGAAGUGGUUGAGUGUGUGGCUCCGCGAGAUAUCGAGCGGUAUCUGAAGUGCCAGCGGCGAUCAGACGUUGCGACGCGUGGACACCUAAUAGACGAGACUAUCGUCCGGCUUCGGCGCCACUGAGUACAACCCUUGCCUAGAGUAUAUGGGUUACAGCUCCGUCGGUUGAGGCCGUCUUCCUGGACCGAGUCGGUCCAAAGAACUAUCUACCUGCACCUCGUGUGGUGCAUGUACUUCUGGGCACUCGACAUUCCCGGACUGGAUCUGUACGAGCUAGCUACGUUGAAGGGAAGUGUGUAAAAACUAAUGUCAUUAAUG